ACAACUAAUCUUGAGUCUUCAUCAUUAUUAUCCUCAAAAUUCUUCCAGAGAAGACAGAAAACAUGAGCUCUCCUCUCAUCCAUGAAAUCAAAGGACAAGCUUUUCGAUUCUUGAAGGAGAAGAUCAAAACUGCAAGGCUAGUUCUGACAGAUGUUACUCCAGUCCAAUUAAUGACUGAAGAAGCUACAGACGAGAAUCCAUGGCCACCAGACACACGUACCAUGAGAAUAAUAUCGCAUGCUGCCUUUGAAGUCGAUGAAUAUGAGAGAAUUGUGCAUAUUUUACAUCACAGGUUGUCCAAAUUUGAUAAAGGGUAUUGGAGAGCCUCAUAUAAGACUCUAAUUUUAUUGGAACAUCUUCUAACUCAUGGACCUAAGAGAGUCUCUGAAGAGUUUCAAAGUGAUCAUAUAAAUGUUAUUGAAGAGAUUGGAAAACUUCAAUAUGUUGAUGAGAAAGGGUUCAACUGGGGUUUGUGUGUAAGAAGAUUGUCACAAAGAAUACUAAAGCUCUUGGCAAACAAGGAUUUUCUCAAAGAAGAAAGAGAAAGAGCUCGUCAUCUUUCACAUGGGAUCCAAGGUUUUGGAAGUUUUAACCAACGAAGCUCAGCAAUAAAUGAAAGGUUACAUGACACACCUUCUAAGAUAUAUGGAAGAUGUAAUUCUGACUAUGGUGAAAAAUAUGAAGAUUUCACAAUCUUAGAAAAGAAACUCGAAAAUAAUUCAAAUUCAGGAGAAGACAUAGAAGAGCAACACCCCUUUGUUGACCAAGAGAAGCUGACUACAACAUCACUGCUUUCUGUAUAAUGAGAAGUAACGAGAAUUUACAUAAUAUAAUUAUUAGAUGAUAGGAAGCUAUGUUAUGGAUGAAGAGAGCUGAAUUGCUUGUUAGAAGCUCUGGUGUCGUUAGUUGUGAGGGGUUGUAUUAUUCUGUUUGUAGUUAAUUGUAGUUAAUUUCAUGGCAAACUUAAAAAUGCUGGUUGUGUUUUAAACAGCAACCAUGCCCCCCUAUAUUGACCAAUAGUGAGAUGCUAGGAUGCCAUGUCAUUAUUUUGAUUAGUAAAUUUUAUAUUCUAAA